AGUUAUGAUGUGGCCGGACGACGGAAGCUGAGAGUGGACAUAUCAUUCAUAAGGAAACAGGUGGCCGCUUCUGAGCGCUGCUAUGGCUGAACGAGGAGAUGCCCUCUGCUUGUUUGAUGUGGACGGUACAUUGACAGCUGCUAGGCAGAAAGCUACUAGUGACAUGGCGGAGUUUUUGCAGCAUUUGAGCAAAAAAGUGAAGGUUGGUGUUGUCGGAGGAUCAGAUUUUGCGAAAAUUAAAGAACAGCUGGGAGAUGAUGUUGUUGAAAAGUUUGACUACGUGUUCGCUGAAAACGGCCUGGUGGCAUAUAAGGACGGAAAGUUUCUCUGCAAACAGAGCAUCCAUGCACACCUGGGAGAAGAUCUAUUACAAGAAAUAAUAAACUAUUGCCUGGCAUAUAUUGCAAAACUGAAACUACCAAAGAAAAGGGGAACAUUUGUAGAAUUUCGGGAUGGAAUGCUGAAUGUUUCACCUAUUGGAAGGAAUUGCACCCAAGAGGAACGGAUUGAGUUCUAUGAAUUGGAUAAAAAAGAACAUUUUCGGGAUAAGUUUGUUGCAGAUUUGCGAAAGGAGUUCGAUGGAAAAGGCCUCACGUUUUCAAUAGGUGGUCAGAUCAGCUUUGAUGUGUUUCCCAAUGGCUGGGACAAGACAUACUGCCUAGGAAUUCUUGAAAAGGAGGCAUUCUCCAAAAUCUACUUCUUUGGCGAUAAGACCAUGCCAGGCGGUAAUGACUAUGAAAUCUACACAGACCCAAGAACAAUCGGUCAUUCUGUGACAUCGCCUGAAGACACACAGAGGAUUUGUACAGAGUUAUUCUUGCAGUAAACAAUUCUACUUGAAUGGAUUUCAGCAUCGGUGUGGCAAUACUGGAGUAAUGUAAUGGGAGUUCUGAUUGGAAAUUGACUUUUUAGUAGUUUCAUAUCAAUGGUGAAGGAGUCAAUAUUAUCUAGUAUUUAUGACCAAUCAAUUUAUUUUAAUGAUUGAUUACUGCACGGUUGCUCUCUCUUUUUUUUUUUUUUUUUUUCAAGCCAGUUAUCUAAAUAUGUGAUUAGAAACUGGUAUUUUUCAACUGCCUUAUUGCUAAUUAACUGAGUCUCUGAUGGUAGCAAACACCAACUGCUGAACAUCACAUAUAUGAGGUACUGACCCAAUGUUCCCUCAUGUAAUACUAUUUGAAUUGACCACUAGGAUAGAAUUGUGUAGAGGGGCCUCACUUAAAUACAUCUUCCCCAAAAGAGAGAAACAUUUUCCAACUCUUAGUCUGAACGCUAUAACAGUAGCAGUUUAUGGUCUGUUCAGUUCUGGUGAAGAUAUGAGCAUGUAGACUUUGAUAUGUAUGAACCCUGCACAUCUUGGACUUUUAUGUAUUUUUUUUUAAGAACAUUAUGCUUUGAUGCAAAAUGCCAUUAAGUUGCCUAUGAUAGUAAAGUGGCAGGUGUCUGCUUUAAAAAAAAUAAUAUAUAUAUAUAUAUAUAUAUAUAUGUGUGUAAUGUAGUGUUUUACUCUCUAGUUCAAAUUUAUUAGUGUUGCAAGCUUACUCUCUUUUGUACUCAAACUUGACCUCAGCACACACAUUACCUAUGGAAAGUUACCUUAUGAAAUGUGUUUUAACCAUGCAUAUAUUCAACUUCACGUCACCGUUUAGUUUUCCGUUCUUCCGAUCCAUCAGAAGAACAGAAAAAAUAAAUAUGGCUCUUGUAUUUUAAAUGGGGUUUUCAGAGACUUUAGUAACAUAGUACAUAAGACCGAAAAAA